AUGGAAAACAUUGUUAUUAUAGGAAGUGGGCCAGCAGCCUAUAAUGCAGCACUGUAUACGAUGAGGGGAAACCCUUUGCUUUUUGAGGGAGGGUACAUAGGAAAUAAUGGGCCAGGAGGCCAACUUACCACAACAACGUCGGUAGAUAACUAUCCAGGGUUUCCGGGGGGAAUUGAGGGGCCAGAACUCACCCAGCUGAUGAAAGAACAUGCAGUCUCGAGGGGACUCCGGGUUGUCAAGGAGACGGUUUCGGACGUGAGGAAGGAGGAUGAGUGGUUUGUGGUUUCCAGUGAGAAAGGAGAGAAAAAGGCAAGGAUUGUUAUUGUUGCCACAGGGGCCUCUGCAAGACGGCUUUUUGUACCUGGAACAGGAGAUGACGAGUUCUGGCAGAAAGGUGUGAGCUCGUGUGCAGUGUGCGAUGGGUUUAUUUACGUAAACAAAGUCACCUGUGUGAUUGGAGGGGGAGAUGCAGCCAUGGAGGAGGGGCUUUAUCUUUCAAACAUUGCCAAGAAAGUCUACAUCAUCCACCGAAGGAAUGAGUUCCGUGCAAGGAGCGACAUGAUUGAGAAGGCUAGGAACACAGAGAACAUCGAGAUAAUGACGCCCUAUGUUCUGGAGCGUGCAGAGGGAACCAACAAGAUUAAAGAGAUUGUUGUCCGCAAUACCGAGACGGGGGAGACAAAGACAAUUCCGAUGGAUGGGGUGUUCUUUGGAAUAGGCCAUGAUCCGAACACUUCGUUUCUGAAGAGUGUAAAUGUAGAUCUGGAUUCCAACGGAUACAUUGUUGUGAAGGACGAUGCAUGCACAAGUGUUCCGGGCCUUUUUGCAGCAGGAGAUGUCUGCGAUAGGAAGUACCGCCAGGCUGUGACGGCUGCAGCUUCAGGGGCCAUAUGCGGGAUAAAGGCCAUGGAGUUUUUGGACAAGAAUAAAUGA